AUGCUGCACGCGACACUGACCCCAUUGGAGCAGCCGAGCCUGACCAUCGUGGCGAGUGCUGAAGCGAAAAGGCAACAUCGAGGGGCGCCUAGACUGCCAACCGUCCCUGAGGAGAACUCGGACAACGGGGAGGGUCACAGUAACUGGAUGACGAGGAGAGCCGAUUCAGCAGACUCCGAUUCGAACAACGCUGCGGUGGGCCCUGUCCCCGAUAGGAAGGGCAAGCAAAAGAUGCGCGAACCUCAGAAUGGGGAUAAGCUGCCAAAGUAUCAAGAUUUGCCUCCAAAGAGCGAGCAACCGAACAAGGAGCCAGUGAGGGUCCGAUGUAUCGCGCCGCCAGCCAUACCACGCAUGGUCCGGUUGUUGGACCAACAACCGGACCCACGGAACCGCGGCGAGCCUCUGAGCUUGGAUGCGGUGCUGACUCUGAGUCAAGAAAUAUCGGGAGAGGGGGAAGAGGCCCCGACGGACGAAUCUGACGCGUCCCCAGAUCCAGAGUAG